UUCCAUAUUUUUCUCAGCAACAAAACAUUAAUGUUUUUUCAUCCGUGAAAACACUUCGUUGGAGAUAACGGUGUAAACAUUAAACAACCUGCGAGAUUCGACAAUACUUCGUGUGUCCUAGAUUCCGUUUCACGAUUACUGAGGAUUUUCCGGAAAGGGUUUUCUCAGAAAAGGGUUUAGCAGCGACGCUUCAACUUCUAUACUUUCAUAGUGAAAUUUGGUUCCUUGUAGUAGUUUUAGUUUUGUUGUUGUUUGGUUUUUGAUUCAAUGAGUGAAUUGAGGAUUUUUUGUUUGAAUGUUUGUGUUUAGGGUUUUGUUAUUGUCAGAAUACUUGAAGGGUAUUUAUUGAUUCAUUCAUGGAAAGUUCUUCAUUUGGUUGUUUGAUUAUUGAUACUGAUAGUUGAAAGAAGAGGGUGGUAGUUUGUAUUGUGGAGUUUGUUUAGUGUUUAGUGCAGCGUUGUCGAAUAACGAAUAUCGGCGAUAGUUGCGAUAUAGCGCUAUCGCGUAGUGGAAUUUGAACAAUCUGUUGUUUUAUUUUAUGUGAUCGGUGAUUGAUGAUGCUGGGUUAAGAAUGGAUUUGUGGGUUGUUGCGGCGGCUGUUGGAGCUGGUUGUUUAGCUAAACAUUGGCACAAGAGUUCGGAGAAUGGUGAUGAUUCAUAUCGUUUGUGUUCAGAGGAUUCGAAAUUUGGGAAUAUUGAGUCCCCGAGUUACCAAUUUUCGUUCGGCAAACAUACACAGGUGCAAAAAAAGGGAAAAGAUGUUUCUUUAGAUAGAACAGGUUGGGAUGAGAAGGCGUCAGAUUCGAGCUCUUUGGAUGGUUUUUCGACAAGAGACAUGUCGUCUAAUCGAGGGUUGAAUUGUGAAAAUUUGCGGAAUUAUAAUGAGGUUGAUUUGUUGUCUCUAUCGAACUUAGGUAUGCCAUUAUCACCGUAUGAAUAUGAUGAUAGCUUUAAGCAUGGUGAAGAUGGAAGUGAGCGAAAUAGUGAUACUUUUGGCAACCGUGGUUUCUUUGUUUCUGAUUUUUCUGCCAAUGUGGUUCCUAUACACAAUUCUUUCGGAAAUAAAACCUGUCUAUCGUCGCCGAAACGUUUUCCCAGGCAUGUUAGUAGACCAUUGAAUUCCUUAGAAAGUUGUUUCAUGGCUCAGAUAUAUAAAGAACAUGCUAAAAUGGAAGAGUAUGUUUUCAGUCCUCUUUCAUCACAAUGUAUGGCUACAAGAUCAUUUCGUGUAAGCAAUGGAAGCCGAAUAGUCAAUAGAAGCAAUGCUACUUCGAUCAAUUCAUCAACUGCAAGUAAGGAGCGUAAGCUGCAUAAAGCUAGUCGAGCAAAAGACGAAAGUGAUACCAAGAAGAUGAAACUAGACACAAUUAUUGGACGAAAUCGAAGUUCAAGCAUUUUUAGUGACGUGCUUAGUGGAAAACUCACCCGACAUGAUCCGACGUUACUCUUCUGCUUUGGGAUUUCUCUUGGGAUAAUAAUUUCCAUCAUGGGAAAUAAAAGAGAAAUAAUCAAGCUCAGAGAAUUGUUAAAGCAGAGUGAGAACUUGGUUCAAGAUCUUCAAGAUGAACUUGAUAUGAAAGAUUCGUUAACCGUGAAGGAGUUACAUAAUGAAAAUUACGGUUCACAAGAAACAUGUGAUCAUUCCUUCAAUAGUAAGGAGCUACAUGAAUUUUCCCCUGAAAAGCAUGUGGAUAGCUCUCCAAGAAUAGAGUGCAAAGAAUCAUCCUAUGAUAAGAAGGAAGAACAAAGUUCCGAAUCUAUGAGCAAAAUUGAAGCCGAGCUUGAAGCAGAACUUGAGAGAUUAGGGUUGGACAUGAAUAAUUCAAGUCUGGAUAGAAAAUUAUCCGAGCUUGUUGAGAUUGACCCGGACUUUGUAGCAGAUUUUGCUCAAGGUGAGUUGCCAGCGAACAAGUUCAUCGGAACAGAUGCCAACGUCACUACACCUCUUCCUUCAAACUAUGGAGUUUCGCCGCAUGAACUGAGUGUACGUUUGCACGAAGUCAUACAACACCAACUCGAGAAACGAGUGAAGGAGCUUGAGAUUGCCCUUGAAAAUAGCCAAAGGCGAGUAAGGUUUUUGGAAUCCAAGCAUGAUGGUAGUUUUGAAAAGGCGUCUUCUCCUACUAAAGAAAACUCGUUGAUGACUCGUGAAGAUUGCGACACUAUGUCUCAGCCCUUAAUUCUCAAUUUAUCAGGUGAAGCACUUGAUGCAUACAAUGAAGCCUAUGAAGAACUAAUAAAGAUAAAUGAUUCUGAAGACAAUUCACCAUCAACCAAUAUUGAACAAGGUUCACCACUUUCACAUGACUGGCAUGCAACAGGUUUUGAGCACAGUUCAGCAACGAACUCGGUGGUUGAUGAAGGAAGUCUUUCAAUGGAACCCUAUUUUAGCAAGGAGACAAUGUUGGAAGGAGAAAGCUCUAGUGAAUUAAAUGUUAGUGGAGAUGAAAGCCGCGAUUGUGAUAAUGAUGAGAUCGAGAGGCAGUUGAUAAGGCAAAUUGUUGAAAGAACCAAGAAAGGUUCUCCUCUUUUUCAAAAUGCAAAAAAGAUAUUGUAUUCUAUGGAUGAAGAUGAACAACAUUGAUAUCAUCUAGUUACUAGAAAUGUAGUAAUAGAAAGAAAAAAAGUAUUAUUUAUUGGAUACAGUGAAAGGUUCCUUUGAUCCGGUCUUGUCUUGAUAAUAGUAACUUUUGAUUCUACAA